AUGGCGACUUCCAGCGACCAUUUUUCAAGUUCCUCUGAGGAAUAUUCUAACACGUCCAAGCCAGAGAUGAAAAACUCUGCAGAUACGCGCACCGAGGAUUUUAAAAAGAGAGAAGCCGAAUAUGAAAAGCUUGCGGCUUAUCAAAAACGGCGCCGACUUCAACAAACAAAGCUAGCAGCUGAGGACGAAAUUCAAUCUCGUGUUGACGGUGUAGCUUCAGACUCAGACGCUGAGGAAGUUGAAUCCAUAUGGAUUCCAAGAGAAUGUAGAAUUAGUCCAUAUCCACCUGGUAAGGAAACUGAGCGAUUGGCUGAGGCUGAUUUUCGAGCUGAAUGCGAAGAAGAUGAAUAUUUAGAUGCAAUAUAUGGCGAUCCCGAGGAUCAGUUGGAAGAAGUCCCCAGUGAAAAUUCAGACAAUGACUCCGAGGAAGAGCUUGAAGAGGAUUCCAUGGAGGACGAUGAUCAUGAAGAUGACGAAUCUGAUGAAUCUGACAAUUAA